AUGGAAAAACCCGGGACAAAAACCUCAGACCGCACACCACCCCGAGGUAGGCCCGAAGGGGGCGGGGAGAGCUCGACGUCCAUUGGCGACGGGGGCGACGCCGCGGCUGCGGCGUGCGGCGGAGUGACCAGCGAGGCGGAAACCUCAGCCGGCGGCGGAUCCAGCGCUGCUGGCGGAGGCGGCGAGGGCGGCGUCGGGGGCGGCGUCCUGCGGUCGGCCGGCGCGGAGGCCGCGGCGGAAUGCCGAAGGGUGGCCGACUGCGGCCGCUGGCAGCAACGGCGGCUGAAGCCCACGCGCAGGAGGGGCGCCGAGAGUGACGACGCAUGCGCAGUGGGCGCGCCAGGGAAGCGCGCGAGCCGCCGCAGUGGCGCGGGCUCCGAGGGAGACUGCGAGAUGGCAUGGGGGCAUCGUCAACGAUGGUGGACGGCGCAGCCAGUCGGGCUGGCAGAGGAGCCGGUGGAGCCUGCAGCCGCUGUGGAGACGACGGCUGUUGCUGCUGGACUGGGUCUGGCGCCCCACCAUUGGUGGAAGCCAGCACAUCCGGGCAGCCGGAAGAAGGCGGCGGAGCAGCUUGCUGGAAAGAAGAGGCGGUCGGAAAACCCUGAUGCCGGUGCCGGAGUUGGUUGCGGUGCUGGUGGACGACUGUGUCGGCGAUGCGGUGGUCAAAGAGCUGAUGGCCUCAUGGUCGGACGAUCACCCCCUGAAUCCAUCAGGCUCUCGGGCCGAAACUUGGCACCAAGAUAA